AUGUUCAUCGCCUUCAAGGAGAAGCUGGACCAGUGGCCGAAUCAAGCCAUGCGAGCAUGGAUCGGGGCCCACCACUUGGAAGUGGUAAAAGAGACUUGCAUUCAGGUGAAAAAGAUUGUUUCCUGCCAGAAACAAUACCAGAUCUUGGACCAGGUUGAGAUGUUGAUGUGCUUUGGCAGGAGCUGCUGCUGUGAAGCUGAUGGUCCGGUGCCGCUGCCAUCAGAUGAUGCUUUGAAGCCGAGAAAGGAUGGGCCCACAAUCCUCUGCCAGCCCCGUGAAAGCGUCCGAGACAAAAUUUCGAAGUACACAGCCCAACGGUUGACUGUGUUUUUUGGCGAUGUGGAAGCUGCCAUGUCUGUCAUUGACACCGGCUUGCUGGGAGACAAUGGCCUAUUCAGGCUGCCCGGCAUUCAAUAUGACGAGGUUACGCCCGAAGACUUCCCGGAGUACUUGGUGGCCCGCUCCGAGAAAGGAGCGCGCGACAUGAUGAGCUUCAUUUGGUUGCUCCUACAGAACUUUUUGAUCUUCAACGAGGACAAAGAUUGGAACUACAUGAUCCAGCCUUUUACUGCUAGAGUUGCAGACCCUGAUGAUCGCAAGGUCCAUGUCAUGAUCCCCGGCAGCGAUGUUUGCGUGGAUGAGCUGAAGAUCAUUUGCGACGGCUCCAAGACCAAGGACUGCCCAUGCGAGUACAUGACCGACCCAAAUCCGCAGAUCAAGUUGUGCCCCGAGAAGUUUCACCUCUUGGUGUUGUAUGGCAACAAGAAACAUGUGUCUGACAUAGUGGACGCCGAUUUUCUGGACACACAGCUGGGACAAAGACCAGAGGAUGUAUUCUUUGUCCGCUUCAGCAAAUGUCAAGUGGUGGAUGAGAACAGCCUGAAAUUCACACUGGAGCAAGGCCAAGACACACAUUAUGUGCACUUGUGCACUCACAGCACCACAGUCCACCUCGAGGAGCUGAUUGUCAAGCGCGUUUGGUCCGAUGAUGGGCCACCAGAUGAAGACGAAUGGCCAGAUCUGGCCAAGGACUCGAACAUGAACGCUACCAUCACAUGCCGGGUGUUAGAUUUGAUGCAAGAGAAAUUGGAUGCCCUUGGCGCUGGACAUAGCUUCCCCGGCGAGCUGGUCGUCAUGUGCGAUAACACACCACGAGAAGCUAAGAACAGCCAUUUUGGCUGCUUUCUUUCUUCCCUGGUUGGGAGAUCUCUCUUUUCUGCCACAGAGGUCCACUUUCUACAAGUGGACCACACACAUAAUGAGUUGGACCAGCGAUUUUCAACACUUGCAUCCCACAUCAAGCAAGCUGAUGUCAUUGAAGACAUUGCAGAUUUGGUCCUAUACUUGCAAACUCACGUCACUGCAGCAGCCAACCGCACUCUGAUCGUUGAGGAGUUGAAUUCUACAAUGGACUUCAAAAAGUAUCUCAGCAGUGUGAACUUACACCUGUCGGGCCUGACAUCAACGCACAUGAAGCCCAAUGCUAACCACAUGUGGCGCUUUGCCCACAGGUUGUCCAUUGACGAAUCCCACUAUGGAGCCAUUGAAUGCCAUCACCAAGACUGGACAGGAUUGCAACAGCAUCCUUCGGAUGUUGUUUUGAUUGUCAAGCAAUUUUUGUCUUCCCCGUCCCAUUCCCAAGCACCUCAAGUCGUUCUUCCCUUGGAAAUUGCAGAAGGCUUGACGGGCAAACUGGAAGCAGCUCCCAGAAACAAAUUCGCUGAGACCACCCUGACCGAGUUCCGCAAAAGCGCAAUGACCUUCGGCAAUCAGCCGUGGAACUUGUUGAAGGCCAAAUACUUUUUGGAAGAGCUGUGCGAUUUGAAUGAGAAGGAAGAGCUUCCACCAUGUGUGGACCUGAAGUUCUUUUUUUCUGCCGAACCAUGCCAAGUUCUCGUGCCACAAGCAGCAGAUCGACUCUUGCCUGAAGAUGGAGAAGAUGAUCAGAAGGACGAGUCCGCCGAGCCUCGUCGUGUGAUUGCUGGCCGUCGUGGGGCUGGUAAAGCUAAGGCGGCGAAGGCCAAAGCAAAACCAAAAGUCAAAGCUGCAGUCAAGAUGGCCGCAGUGCGCAAACGUCCUGCAGCAGCAGUUGCUGUUAGUGCUGAUGCUGCUGAGUCAGAGGCUGGGGCCCCAGUCCGGAAGCGUCCCUCAAGUUCAAGCCGAGACAGGCUUGAUGCUGCUGUUGCUGCAGAAUUGCCUGAAGACUUUUAUUUUGGGUGCUCGAAAUGCCGCCACAGUGAGAAUGGCUGUGCUGAGUGCCAGAACAAAGCAGAUGCCUCCAGGAGUGGAUGGAAGCGCCUUUCCAAUGGCAUGGUGAUCCGUGCUCUCCCAAAUGUGGUCUUUUCUGACGCUGAGCAUGACUCUGAUGUGAGUUUGCCUUCUGACAUCGCGCAAAGCGAUGCUGGGCCCGCCGAAGAAAACGAUGUGAUAGAAGGUUUGUCUGGCCCCAACUUACCAUCAGACGUUGACUCUGACGGCUUUUGGUUUUCGCCAAGUGAGGAUGGGUUCGGCUCUGAGCCCACAGCUUCAGAGUCAGUGCCUUCAGUGAAAGAAUUCCAUUUGAAAGGAAUGUCGCUCUUCAAUUUUGCAGCAAUGGAAAUCUAUUCUCCUCCGCGCGUUUUGCCCAUGAUUGAUCGCUGCCCGCGCCGGAUGUCUCUGGAUAUUCUUACAGGCUGGAAUUUGUUGGACGCUUCAGUGAAGCAAACUGUGAUCAAGAUGUGGGAAACGCAAGAAGUGAAGAUGCUCCUGCUUUCUCCUCCCUGCACCAUUUUUAGUCCUCUGCAAGUUUGCUUUCGGAAUUACGAGAAAAUGGAUCCCGAAACUUUGAAGAAAAAAUGGGCAGAAGGACUGCACCAUCUUGAUUUCAGUGCCAUGGGCAUUCGAAAUCAGUUGCAGAAAGGGCUUAAAUUUAUGUUGGAACAUCCACAGCGAGCCUCCUCCUGGGAGCACCCUCCCAUAGCAGAGAUCCGAGGUCGCCCAGAUGUUUACUGCGCUGAUUUUGAUCAAUGCAUGCUCGAUUUGAGAGCCCCCAACAAUUUGCAUAUGAAGAAGAGGACACGCAUCAUGACCAACUGCCAUUGGUUAGCUUCCACAUUGAGACAAUAUCAGUGUGAUCGGAGCCACAUUCAUCAACCGAUCGAGGGUAGCAUGGCGGGCCAUAGCUUGUCUUGGUGGGCGCAGCAUUACCCACCAGAUCUUUGCCGCAUUUUAGCUGAGAGCGCUCAGCGAUUGCUGUGA